AUGGAGGGUGUGGUGAGAUCGCGGGCUAUGUUGUCGCGCUCCUCUGGUUCCAGAUCUCGCAGCAGAUCCAGUGGUGGAAGCGAUUCUAGAAUAAACUACGAGCCAGAUUGUUAUAUCACACAACUUCUAGAGAAGCUUGAGCAACGUGGAGUGACCCACUUCGAUGAUGUCUAUCAAGAAUUUACUGCGGAGGAAAUCAAAACGUUCAUAAUUCGAAUAGGUCUCAAAUGGCGAAGUAUCGCCAAGCAGAAAAUUGCCUCCAUGAACAUGUUGAAACUCGAAAAGGAAAAAAAUCAGAGUUAUCUCCGAAAUCUUGAGAGUCAGCCUCACUUGUGCAAGGUGGAAGAAACCAAGGAGAUCGGGACAGUGCACCGAAGAAGAGAUUUUAACUACCUCGUUAAUAGAACGGUUGCUCUUAUGAGAGAUCCCAUAGUAACAAAGGCAACAAAAAACGACUACAAGUGUCUACUUGGUGGAGAUCGCUUAGAAGUAAAUGCAAGUCGUGGUGCACGCCACUUUCUACCUCGAAUACCAGUCAUAGCCACAGCAAGUAGGGAGCUAUGUGACCAAUUGACUUCUGUCGACAAGGCCGAUUUGUAUUCCUGCAUAAAGCAAUACAACUUGCAUGUGCAAAUCAAUUCGGUCUUAGUUCGUGGGGCAAUACCCGAAUGUCCUGUCACUUUAUGUGCAUGUCACUUGCGAGAAUUAUUCAAACGCUAUGACUUUUAUUAA